CAAGUACUGUCUCCCGGCAGACUUUUGAUGGAUGCUUACGUUUCUGGAAGCUAAUUGGUCAACUCACCCUGCAGAGGCCUAUUGGCCCUUUCGCGUAGCUUGAGGAUGAGAGACAAUAUGACAGCAACACAGGUACAAAAUCCUGUAGAAGAGGUUGCACACAGGGUAGGUACAGUAGCGGUAAGUAUCGCACUGUGCAUCACUGUGCAUUACGCAGCCACUACUAGUAAGUAUCUUAGUACGAUGCGAGAAUAAUACUUCGUCGCCUUGAUCAGAGCAAUACAAUACAGCAGAAGGCUAAGUCUUCGUACCGGAGGGUAUUCCUAUUGAAUUUUGAACACAAUCUCGAUGCAGUAGGCGAGUCCGACAUUAUCUUUCCAUUUGGAUUUCAUAGGCCCAAGCUGCUAAUGUUAUACUGUAGAUGAGAUAUAUAUUCUAAGUUAAGGCAGCAUCCCAGGAUCUCGAUGCCUCGAGAUCAUGCUGAGGCUUGUCGGAUUGCUCGGACUUGAGCUUGCUCGUCGGAAUCGAUGCCGAUCGACCAUCAGUAUAUUAUGAUUUGCUUCAGGGGUCGAGCUCUCUCCUCGUCCCCUCUAGUGCUCUAUUCCUCUACGAAACCAUGCUGAUCACUAAAACUAUCCACGACGUACCCUCCAAGCUCAAUCCAAAUGGUCGCCCUAUCCGGAUCUUUGUAAUCGCGCCUAAUGUUCCUGGCUAUCCCAACGCCAAGUUCCCUGGCGUUGUUUGCUUCAGUGAGAUCUACCAGGUCACCGGCCCCGUUGAACGAUUCGCUGGGCAGAUCGCUAGUAAUGGCUACGUUGUCGCUUGUCCUUCGACCUAUCAUGAGUUUGAGGGACCAGAGGCUCUUCCAUAUGACGCCGAAGGUACCGACAGAGGUAACAGGUACAAGAUCGAGAAAGAAAUAGCUGGAUACGAUGAAGAUGCAAGACUGUCCAUCGAUCUCCUGACUUCGUUGCCGAACUGCAAUGGAAGAAUUGCCUCUACCGGAAUGUGUCUUGGAGGUCAUCUCGCUUUCCGCGCGGCUUUCGACAGAAGGGUUCUCUCUUCUGUUUGCUUCUUCGCUACAGACAUCCACUCCGCGACCCUCGGUAAGGGCAAGAGUGACAAUACUCUCAUCCGAGUUCGCAACGGAGAGCUCACUGGUAGAGGCGAGGUUGUGUUGAUAUUUGGCAAGCAGGACACGCACGUUCCCCGGGAGGGAAGGGACUUGAUCAGGAAAACGCUAGAGGAUCACAACGUAACCGCCACGAUCUUGGAAGUUCAAGCACAGCACGCGUUCAUUCGUGACGAAGAGUCGAAAGGGCGAUGGGAUGCGGCUCUCACUCGUUCUAUCUUUAACUUCAUGUUGGAGGUCUUCGAGCGCACGGUAGGCAGAGAUCUCGGAGAAAGGGUUGGAGAAAUUGGCGAGCCAGAGCACGUUUGUUAAAUUCGAUGUUCGCAAAAGUCGCGAGAACUGUAACCAAUAGGAUAACAAUUGACGAUCACUAUUGAUGUAUACAUACUUACUCUGAAAUUCACUUCCGUUCACCAUCGUUCUUCAAAUCCCACAAAAUCAAUGAUCAUAACGAUACAAACAAUGCAACUUCUGAUUCCCGACAACAACUACUGUGCGAUAUAUGAACAUUCGACAAGCCCGCGAUCUCGAAGCGACACCUGCCGGCGAAUUCGUUAUUGUGAUACAGCAAAAAAAAAUGAUAGACACAGUUACAAAGCUUGCAGCGUUAGAAAUACCAUGCGUGAUGAGAGAGUGAAGGAAACAAGAGAGAGCGACCGAAAGAGAGACGAAAAGAUUACAUCUAAGCAGUUUACUUCUUCUUGCCAGCCUUCUCCGCAGACUUGGUGA